AUCCAAGGCCACCUAGGCCAAGCCAUCGCUGAUAAUCUUGGGAAGAACGGCACCUACAUCCACUGCAACGUUACCGAGGAAGAUGAAGUCAUUAAACUCAUUGACAGCACCGUCUCGAUGUACGGAAAACCGGAUAUAAUGUAGAACAAUGCCGGCAUAAUUAGAUACCAGUAUGGAAGGCAUCUUAAACGCCCAAAAGUUUGAUUUAGAACGGGUGAUUGGGGUGAAUCUGGUUGGGGGUUUCCUAGGAGCCAAACACGCUGCAAGAGUCAAGGUUCCCCGGGGUUCCGGGUGCAAACUAUUUACAGCCAGUGCUUGUACAUCUAUUGCAGGCAUGUCUACUCAUUCCUAUGCAGCAUCCAAACAUGCAGUUGUGGGACUGGCUAAGAACCUAGCUGCCGAGCUUGGGCAGCAUAACAUACGGGUGAAUUGCGUCUCGCCUUAUGUAGUGAGCACCAAUAUUGGACAAGGACUGGCUGACUUCACUCCCAAAGUAGAGGCCAUUUUGAAUGAAGUAGGGAAUUUGAAAGGGACAGUCCUCAAGGCUAGCGAUGUGGCCAGUGCUACGCUUUUCUUGGCCAGUGAUGAAGCCACUUACGUGAGUGGGCUUAACCUUGUGGUGGAUGGUCGUCUUACCCUUCUCUUCACCGGCCACUACGGAAUUAAGUCUCCUCUCCGUGAUUAAUGGCGGCCUCUUCAUUUCUCUCUGCGAUUACCAGGAGGCUAGAGGGCAAGGUGGCACUCAUAACCGGAGGGGCCAGCGGCAUCGGCAAAUGCACUGCUGAAACCUUCACCCAACACGGAGCCAAAGUGGUCAUUGCUGACAUCCAAGACGACCUGGGUCACUCCGUGAUUGAAGCUCUAGGCCAAACCAAUGCAUCAUACGUCCACUGUGAUGUCACUGAUGAAUCCCAAAUCAAAGCUGCCGUUGACAAGACUGCAGCAACCCACGGAAAGCUGGACAUCAUGUUCAACAAUGCGGGAAUAGUUAACAACUACAAGCCCCGCAUUAUGGAUAACGAGAAGGCAGACUUUGAGCGUGUCCUUAGCAUCAACGUCACCGGUGUUUUCCUGGGCAUGAAGCACGCUGCCAGGGUCAUGGUUCCGGCAAAAAGUGGGAGCAUAAUCUCAACCGCCAGUGUAAGCUCGAAUGUAGGGGCUGCGGCUACACAUGCUUACUGCUGCUCUAAGCAUGCUGUAUUAGGGCUCACCAGAAAUGCUGCAAUCGAGCUUGGACAAUUUGGAAUUAGGGUUAAUUGCUUAUCACCCUAUGCACUUGCAACGCCUUUAGCUACCAAUUUUCUUAAUCUUACUGCUGAAGAGCUGGAGACUGCCAUGAAUGCGACCGCCAACCUUAAGGGCGUGACACUUAAGGCACAAGAUGUGGCCAACGCUGCGCUUUAUUUAGCGAGUGAUGAGUCCAGAUAUGUGAGUGGACACAACCUCUUCAUAGAUGGGGGUUUCACUGUCGCUAAUCCCUCAUUCCACCUGUUCCAGUAUCCAGACUCUUGAUCAUCCAGUCGUCCCUAGUUCGCUGCGCCCAGUAUCUUCGUCGUCUCUCAUGCUUUUUAAAAUUUAUUUGACCUUUUCACGUAUGAAAUUUCCGUUCGUACCUGCCCCAUCGGCCCAUGUCAUUGGCAGUAGAACUAGGCAAGAGUUUAGCUGUAUGACUGCGUAAAACGAAGUCGAAGGGAUAUUCAAGCUGGCCUUACAUCAUGUGGUUGGAAUAAUGGAUUGUAUCUUUCAUAUCUCCUUUUUCUCUUAA